CUUACUAACUCCUUUUUCUCUCUUAUUUUCUCUCCUUUAUCUUAUCUGUUUUCUAUUGAAAGUCCCUCCUUGGUCAAUUGAAUUCACUCGGUUUUGCAGCAUGCCUCUGGAAGCUCGUGUUAAGUCAGUGCUAUCUGGCGACACUGUUGUCUUGUCGCAUGUUCACAACCCUGCACAAGAACGUGUCCUCAGCCUUGCAUAUGUGUCCGCGCCGAGACUGCGACGAGAAGGAGAUGAGCCCUAUGCUUUUCAAUCCCGCGAAUUCCUCCGCGAACUUCUUGUCGGCAAGGUUGUCCAAUUUCAGGCGCUGUAUUCCGUCCCGUCCUCGCAACGCGAAUACGGAAAGAUCAAACUUCCAACAUUUGAGGUUACGUUACCGGAGAUCGUCGUUCAGGAGGGAUGGAGCCGUGUUCGUGAGGAAGCCGGCAAGCGAAGUGAUGACUCUGAGGAAACUCUUGCAAUGCUAGAACGGCUUCGCGCUCUGGAAGACCACGCUAGAACCGAAGGAAAGGGUGUCUGGGGAAGUGGAAACGGCCGCAUCGAGACCCGCUAUGAUCUUGAAAAUGCCAAAUCUCUGGUGGACGAGUGGUCAGGUAAACAUCUCGAGGGUAUUGUCGAGAAAGUCUUGACUGGGGAUCGUCUGGUUGUCAGACUGCUUGUUGCUCCAGAGGAGCACCUCCAGGUCAUUGUUGUGGUUGCCGGCGUUCGGGCACCUGCAACUAAGCGGGUAGGUGCUGAUGGCAAAGAGCAGCCUGCCGAGCCUUACGGUGAGGAAGCCCAGCAGUUUGUCGAAUCUAGAAUUCUGCAACGCAAGGUCCAGGUAUCCCUUUUGGGAGUCACCCCGCAAGGCCAACUCAUUGCCACUGUUCUCCACCCGAAUGGAAACAUCGCAAGAUAUCUUCUGGAAGCCGGUCUCGCCCGAUGCCACGAUCAUCACUCUCCUCUCCUCGGUGCUGAAAUGGCAGCCUUCCGCCGUUCGGAGAAGGUCGCUAAGGAUGCCCGAUUGGGCUUGUUCACUGGUCUUGUCGCGCCCAAGGGUCCUGCUGGCGGGGCCACUGAGCAGGAUUACGUUGUUGUCCGUGUGCUCAACGCUGACACCAUUUUCGUCAGGAACAAGGCUGGUCAGGAGAAGAAGCUUAGCCUGAGUAGCAUCCGUCAACCCAAGCCAUCUGACCCCAAACAAGCGCCAUUUGCUGCCGAUGCUAAAGAAUUCCUGAGGAAGAGGAUUAUUGGCAAGCACGUAAAGGUGACCAUCAAUGGCAAGAAGCCUGCGACUGAGGGCUACGAAGAGAGGGAAGUGGCCACAGUUAUUCAAGGGAACACGAACGUUGCUCUUGCCCUUGUGCAAGCUGGAUACGCAUCGGUUAUCCGUCACCGUCAGGAUGACAGUGACCGAUCUCCUAUUUAUGACGAUCUGAUGAUUGCUGAAGCUGAAGCUCAAAAGGAUGGAAAGGGCAUGUGGAGCUCUAAGCCUCCUAAGACGAAGCAGUACCAAGAUUACUCCGAGAGUCUCCAGAAGGCCAAGAUGGAGGUUUCUAUUCUUCAGCGUCAGAAGCGUGUCCCCGCCAUUGUCGACUUUGUCAAGUCUGGAUCCCGCUUCACUGUUCUAGUGCCUCGCGAGAACGCUAAGCUUACCCUGGUUCUUUCUGGUAUUCGCGCUCCUCGAUCUGCACGCAACCCUGGUGAGGCUUCUGAGCCAUUCGGUAACGAAGCACAUGAGCUGGCCAACAGACGAUGCAUGCAGCGUGAUGUGGAAAUUGACGUUGAGACCAUUGACAAGGUUGGCGGUUUCAUCGGUACGCUUUACGUGAACAAGGAAAAUUUCACCAAGGCUCUUCUUGAGGAGGGUCUGGCAACUGUCCACGCUUACUCGGCGGAGCAAUCUGGUCACGCGACGGAAUACUUUGCUGCCGAACAGAGGGCAAAGGAAGCACGUAAAGGACUCUGGCACGACUGGGACCCUAGCAAGGAAUUAGAGGAAGAAGAGGAGGCGACCAGCGGCAGCGCCGUGGAGACCGAAGCUACCACACGCCGCAAGGACUACCGAGACGUCAUGGUCACCUAUGUUGAUCCCACUACCGCGCGUAUCAAGCUCCAACAGAUUGGAACUGGCACCUCGGCGCUGACCGAGCUUAUGAGCGCAUUCCGAUCGUUCCAUAUCAACAAGUCAAAUGACAAUAGCCUUCCUGGCCCUCCCAAGGCCGGUGACUUUGUUGCUGCCAAAUUCACAGAAGACGGUGAGUGGUAUCGCGCCAAGAUCCGUCGUAACGAUCGCGAGAAGCAACAAGCCGAAGUUCUCUACAUCGACUACGGUAACUCAGAAGUCCUGCCUUGGUCCGCCCUCAGACCGCUUAGCGCUCAGUUUUCCACCCAGAAGCUCCGCCCCCAGGCCGUGGACGCCGUUCUUUCUUUCAUUCAGUUUCCCGUGAACCUCCCGCACUACCUUGAAGAGGCGGUGUCUUAUAUCGAGGAACAAACUUAUAACCGCGAACUUGUCGCCAAUGUGGACUAUGUUGCACCAGAGGGAACCCUGCACGUUACUUUGCUCGAUCCUGAGGGAUCGAAGAGCCUGGACCAGAGUAUAAACGCGGAUAUUGUUCACGAGGGUCUGGCCACGGUUCCUCGCAAAUUGAAGGCGUGGGAGCGUGCUGCCGGUGAGACUUUGUCGAACCUUCGGGCUCUGGAGGACGAAGCUAGGGAGUCGCGUCGUGGUAUGCACGAGUAUGGUGAUGUUGGCGAGGAAGACUAAAGGCAGUUAGCCUGAAAACACAGCGUUUCGUUUUGUUCAUGUACAAAUAUUGCUGUUUUCUUGCGUGGGACAACCUACAAAAUGGACUAUCAUUUUGAGACUCAUACGUGGUGCCAAACUACCUCAGGAGCAGUACGAAGUAUAGACCGCAUAACUACCCCAUAAUUUCAUCAAGUUGGCCAAUAUGAUGACUCAGCAAAGCAUUUCU